CAGGAAGGAGGGAGCUUAGAAAACAUGUCGUCCAUAUCGGAGCUGUACGAUGUUAAUUGGGAAGAGAUGCGUGACAAACUCCGUAAGUGGAGAGAAGAGAGUUACAGAAACAGUGAGCAGAUUGUGGAUGUGGGUGAAGAGCUGAUUAAUGAGCACGCAUCUAAACUGGGAGAUGACGUUUGGAUUAUUUACGAGCAGGUGAUGAUCGCGGCGCUGGACUGCAGUCGGGACGAUUUGGCCUGGAGUUGUCUGCAGGAGCUGAAGAGGCAGUUUCCAGACAGUCACAGAGUGAAGCGAUUAGCAGGGAUGCGGCUGGAGGCGCUGGAGAGGUAUGAGGACGCCAACAAGCUGUACGACUCCAUACUGCAGGAUGACCCGACUAAUACGGCAGCACGGAAGCGCAAGAUCUCCAUCCUGCGAGCGCAAGGCAAAAGCAGCGAAGCCGUCCGUGAGCUCAACGAAUAUUUGGAGCAGUUUGUGGGAGACCAGGAAGCAUGGCAUGAGCUGUCCGAACUCUACAUCAACGAGCAUGAUUAUGGGAAAGCGGCGUUUUGUCUCGAAGAGCUGAUGAUGACAAACCCGCACAAUCACCUGUAUUGCGAACAGUACGCUGAGGUAAAGUACACCCAAGGAGGGCUGGAAAACCUCGAGCUGGCCAGGAAGUAUUUUGCGCAGGCACUGAAGCUGAACAACAGAAACAUGAGGGCCCUGUUCGGCCUUUACAUGUCGGCGAGUCAUAUCGCUGCUAGCCCGAAAGUUAGCGCAAAGGUCAAGAAGGAUAAUGUGAAAUACGCCGCAUGGGCCACCUCUCAGAUCAGCAGAGCCUAUCAGGUUGCCGGCCAUGGGAAGAAAGAGAACAAAUGCUCGGUGAAGGCGGUGGAGGAAAUGCUGGAGUCCAUGCAGAUCACCAUAGCCUAAACCUCAGCUCUGUCCCCCAUUGCCCCAACCUCCAUCACCACAACAUCAUGGCAGCGCUCCCUGCUCACUACAGUACACCACCGCCACCACCCACAGACCAGACCACCCAACCGCCCCAGCCUACACUCUCUCUAUCUGUUUAUCCAUCUUUGUAUUGUAUGAGGUUCCUGGACAGCCUUCAUACACCCCCAGCCAUUCCACACAUUUCUAUUUCCAAACUCCAGCACUCCUUUUAUUAAUUUAUUAAGAGCUUAACGUUUGGGUUGAUUUGGGGGAAUCAACCGUGUCUGCGAUGGAAGUGAUCGUGCAGGGAAAAUCCGUGUUUCGUAACGUUUCUAAUUCUAAGGGUGGUUGUAGAUUUAAGGCUGUGAUUAGCGAGUGAUAUUUAACAAAGAAUAAAGAUGUGAUUUGACUAGCAAUGCUAACUGUACAUGCAACAGAAUAACAUUAUCAAAUAUGUCUUUUGAUUAAAUAAAGGACUGCAUUUUUUUUCAA